AUGUCUGUGUGCAGCUUUCUAAGAAUAGCUAGUGGAAGAAAGAAUGAGGACUCCUACAAGGUAUUGGACCUGACAGAAUACACCAAGAAUCAGUCUUGGUGGCGCAAGCUCUUUGCACCACAUUCUGGGUCAAGUGCUGAAAAGUAUAACGUAGCAACACAACUGGUGAUUGGAGGAGUCACUGGAUGGUGUACCGGCUUUAUCUUCCAGAAAGUUGGAAAGCUGGCAGCGACAGCAGUGGGAGGUGGCUUUUUCCUACUUCAGAUUGCAAAUCACAAGGGCUACAUCAAAGUGGACUGGAAGCUAGUUGAGCGGGAUGUGAACAAAGCCAAGCAGCAACUGAAAUUUCACAGCAGUGGCACCCCACUGAUCCCAGAAACUAAAAGCAGAGCUGAUGAGGUUAUCACGUUUCUGAAGAAGAAUGUUAUCCUGACUGGAGGGUUUGCUGGUGGAUUCCUGCUUGGAAUGGCUUCCUAGAAACUGCAUAUAACUGCCUCAGUGUCCCUUCAUGCCCAGCCUCUCCUGCACUCCUCUCCACUUCCAACUAGGAAAAGAGUGGGUUUUGCCAACUGACUUGGCUUCCUCAGGUCUUACUUCCUCUCCCUGGGUUUCAGCCCCUGCUUUCUGUAACAUUGCCACACAUUUUCCUCCCUUUUUUUCCCCCCUUGUGUCUGAGCUCUCUUGAUGUAGAGCUCCAUUGGUGCAUCUGAACUUGCAGGUAAAAAGCUCAUGAACCUCAGCAUUAGCUUGUCAGUUUGUUUCUUUUCCUUACCCAGCAAAUCCCACCACAGAUUUCUAGGUCAGGUGCAGUGCCAUACAUAGAUGACAAUGGGAAUCUGAAAGCAGGUGCAAGGACUGACAGCUUUAAACUUCUGUCUCCCAGCACUACUAGCAGUUCUGUAUCCUCUGUUCUCUAGUAACUGAAAAGCCCUUGCUUCCAGCUGUAAGGGGACAAAGGAAACGUUGCCUGAAAUCAUCAUAUGCUUGGCUAUUCGUGGAUGGAAAUAGAAUUACAAAAGGGUAAGUCAGACCAUGCUCUGAAGUGGGCACCACUAUUUGUUUGGAAAACAGCUGAGUCAGUGGCAGAUGGUGGUUGAGUAAGUAUACCUGUCGGUUUGUUUAGAAGUACUCUAGCAGACUGGUUCUUCUGUCUUUGCCCCUUUUUAGGCGCUUGCCAUUAAACUACUCACAGAUGGCUGCUUGGCAUCAUCUCUACUGGUAUUUAUACUGGAAAUGCAGCAUUGGCACUGCAGAUGGAAAUUCUGAGUGUACAUAUGACUGACUCUUCCUGAUCCUUUAUCGUGGGUUUUGAAAGUCAUUGAGCUUCCUACCACUUAUAAUGCUUUCUUUUUCUUCACUGUCUACUUUAUGGCUCAGCUUGUGAACUUGACACCAUACAGAAUGCCUGAACCGUUUGUAUGACUGCCAAGA